CAUCUCUAAUCUUCGUUGUGCUCUCCCCUCAAAGAGAAUGGUGAGUGAGAAUAAAGAGGAGAGUCAGACGUUGGUGAUGGUCUUCGUUGGUUUGGGAAUGAUCGUCAUUAUUUUUGUUGCGAUUGCAGGCUUUGAUGAGAGUCGGCCAAAAAUUACAAUAGCUUCUAUGAAAUUUACUGCAACAGAGAAUCCUACUAGUGCCAAGUGGGAUUUACUUAUCAGAACUCCCAGAGAGCUUCCUGCUUACUACACAUGUAUCGAAGGAGACCUUCAAGCUUUUAUAAUUCACAAAGAUGUUGUCGUUGCUACAUCAUCCCCACAAAGGUACCAGAAUCUGCAGCCCAAUUGGCCUCAGUUGCUUAAAGUAUCAGUGGUUGCUUCAGAAAACGAUAUCAACGGUGUAGCUGGAAAAUACAUUUCUGAUGAAAUUGUUAAAGAAAGGGGUGAAGUGCGGUUUGCAUCGCGGUUUGUUUUUCCCGAUUGCAGAAAGAAAAGCAGAGGGACAAUCACCUUUGCAUGUAAUGAAGCUGUCUUGCGGUUCGAUUCGAGCUCUCGGACGAUGGCGAUGACUACGUCUCAGAGCCCAAGAUGCGACGUCUAUCAUGCAUGACCUCUACAUUCUCUCCUUUAUCUCUAAAAGUUUAUGUAUUGAAGAAACAUAGGUUUUUUUUUUUAAUGGUUUGAUAUUUGUUAUUGGUUUUCAUGCAUAUAUUUUUUUAAUUACAUUAUAUAUGUGUAAAAAAUAAAAUAAUAUGGAAGAAUAAUUGGAUAACAA